AUUAGAUCUGAGGACAGUCAAGCGGAGAGCAGCCGAGUCAAACGGUGUGAAGAGAGCCGCAGAAACGUUGCACUCGGGCAUCAGAAGCAUCUCAGGAAAUGAGCCUCAACUUCUCUGGAGGCGUGUCAUAAACCCCAUCGGAAGUCAUCCAUAAAGCCUGCUGGCUGAUUUCGGUCCGCUGAGGAGGACGUCUGCCCAUGCACACGCACAGCACCAUGGGAAGCUCCCCGGAGGUGCUGUCCUGGACGUCCUGUCCCAGCCUGCUGGUGGGCAAACUGAAGGAGGAGCUCAAACUCACAGUCGUCGGAGAUUCGAUGAAGAAACCCAAUAAUAACAUCUCUCCACAAGCGCUCCUGCCUCCUGCGCCUCCUCCUCCUCCACCACCACCACAGAUCAUCACAGAUCUCGCUCCUCCAACUACGUUGCCUAUGCCGCUCCAUCAUUUACAGCUGCCGGUUCGAGACGAGGAGCCAGGCGGCACCAGUCCUCCAUGCACAGCACUUAGCGAGGACUCAACGCGCGAACAAGGACACUUCGAGAACAGUGUUUUACAGCUACAGGAGCAGGAGGAUGCUGAAACGCCUGGUUCUUGCGGUCAGGGUGGAUGCGGAAGUGGUGGAGAGGAGAAAAACGAAGAGAAUGGCUGCCCUAUGGAGCACAGUGGAGACGACACACACCAUCAUCCACACGAUGACAUCAAACUGCACUUUCACAGAGCCGGGACGGGCAGCGGAGGGUUCCUUGAGGGACUAUUUGGGUGCUUGAGGCCUGUGUGGAAUAUCAUCGGGAAGACGUAUUCAACCGAGUAUAAGCUUCAGCAGCAAGUAGAGAUGUGGGAGGUGCCGUUUGAGGAGAUCUCGGAGCUCCAGUGGUUGGGAAGCGGAGCUCAGGGCGCUGUAUUCCUCGGGAAGUUCCGCUCUGAAGAGGUCGCCAUCAAGAAAGUCCGCGAGCAGAAGGAGACGGAUAUCAAACACCUCCGCAAACUCAAGCACCCCAACAUCAUCAGCUUCAAGGGUGUGUGCACGCAGGCCCCGUGUUACUGCAUCAUCAUGGAGUAUUGUGCACAAGGGCAACUGUAUGAGGUUCUCAGGGCCGGGCGGAAGAUCACACCCUGCCUGCUGGUGGACUGGGCUUCGGGGAUCGCCAGCGGCAUGAACUACCUGCACCUCCACAAGAUCAUCCACAGAGACCUCAAGUCACCAAAUGUGCUAGUCACUCAAAAUGACAGUGUGAAGAUCUCGGACUUCGGCACAUCUAAAGAGCUCAGUGAUAAGAGCACCAAGAUGUCGUUUGCGGGAACGGUGGCCUGGAUGGCUCCUGAAGUGAUCCGGAAUGAGCCGGUGUCCGAGAAAGUAGACAUCUGGUCGUUUGGUGUGGUGUUAUGGGAGCUGCUGACCGGUGAGAUCCCCUAUAAGGAUGUGGACUCAUCUGCUAUUAUCUGGGGUGUGGGCAGUAACAGUCUUCAUCUGCCUGUGCCGUCCACCUGUCCAGACGGCUUCAAGAUCCUCAUGAAGCAGACCUGGCAAGGUAAACCUAGAAACCGGCCGUCCUUCAGACAGAUCCUCCUGCACUUGGAUAUCGCCUCCGCUGAUGUGCUUGGUACGCCACAGGAGACCUACUUCAAAUGUCAGACGGAGUGGCGUGAGGAGGUGAAGAAACAUUUCGAAAAGAUCAAGAGUGAAGGCACAUGCAUCCAUCGGCUGGAUGAGGAGCUGAUCCGCCGCAGAAGAGACGAGCUCAGACACGCUCUGGACAUCCGAGAGCACUAUGAGAGGAAACUGGAGCGGGCCAAUAAUCUGUACAUGGAGCUCAGCGCUAUCAUGCUACAGCUGGAGGUGCGCGAGAAAGAGCUGCUCAAGAGGGAGCAGGCCGUGGAGAAGAAGUAUCCAGGGUCGUAUAAACGCCACUUGGUUCGGCCCAUCGUGCGGCCCAAUGCUGUUGAGAAGCUCAUUAAGAAGAAAAGCAGCAUGAACCAUAAACCUGGGACGCAGCAGCCUAAGAGACCUGAUCUGCUUCGCUCUGAUGGCAUUCCCAGCGUCGAGCCUCUUCCGGCCCCAUCUCCUCUGUCUGGAAGCCCAAAAGUGUCCACACCACCUGGAAAGACCCGAUACCGCAGUAAACCACGCCACCGCAGGGCAAACAGCAAGGGAAGCCAUAAUGAAUUCCCAGGUGCACUGAAGCCUAAUUCAGGCCCGCCAGAAGAACAGCAGCCUCUACAGGAGCAAAACUAUCUUCAAAACCAUCCUCUUCCUCCACCAGAACCUCCCCUCGCCAAGACCCGAGAGAACGCAGUGGCCACCUGCGCUAAUAACCUGCGCUACUUUGGCCCGGCCGCCGCCCUGCGCAGCCCCCAGACAGACCACCUUCAGCGGAGGCUCUCCGGCUCCAGCCCCGACCUCAUCUCCACCACAGUGGACGCAGACUCUCGUCUCCGCAGGUCUUCGAUCCCGCCGGGACCCGCCUCGCUGUGUCCCUGCUGCCAGGCUCAUCCGUUCCCCGGCUGCAAACACUGCCAGCAGACCCCGGCGGCCCCCAGUCACCCACAGCUCCCGCAUUACUCUCUGCUGAGCACAAGCGACGGGACGCCCCCCGCCAGCAAGAGGAGUCUGGAGCCCACGGCUGAGGGGGAGGACAAAGAGGAAAAACCGGCUCUUCUGCACACGCUCAGACCUCUGAGAAAGGCGGGAGACGAGUCGUCUGAGGAAGAGGAAGGUGAAGUGGACAGUGAGGUGGAGUUUCCACGCAGACAGAGGCCUCACCGCUGCAUGAGCAGCUUCCAGUCGUACUCCACCUUCAGCUCGGAGAAUCUGUCGGUGUCUGACGGCGAAGAGGGAAACACCAGCGAUCAUUCCCACAGCGGGCCGCUGGAGCAGCUGAGCGGCAGCCAGGAGGAGCAUCUGGACGAGCUGCUGUCCCACACUCCAGAAAUACCCAUCGACAUCUCCACGCAGUCCGACGGCCUGUCUGAUAAAGAGUGCGCCGUCCGCCGCGUCAAGACCCAGAUCUCACUGGGAAAACUGUGCGCGGAUGAGCACAGCUAUGAGAAUCCUCUGCAUUUCGGAGACUCAGACUGCGACACGUCAGAUGCGGAGUGUUCAGACGCCACCAUCAGGAACAAGCAGCCGGGCGCUCCGUCAUCCUGGUGAAAAACACACCGCAAUAAUCCCACUACCCAUAAUGCACCUCUCUGAGCAUCUCAGGCAGACUCCACUGAAGAGAUGAUGAUGAAGAUGAAGAUGUAGCUCAAAUGAAACGCCGCUUUUAUUUUAUUAUUACGAGCUGGAGGAACACCAAACCAAACCAACAAACAAACUAAUGGAGUAUUAGCGCUCAAGUGUUCAAGACAAAACAAGGCAACUCAAAACCACAGACCAUUAGUUAGUCAGCUUGUUAGUUAGUUAGAUGACUGGUGAAGAGUGGGAUCAGGCCUUUUAUUGAUUAUUGUUUAGAAGAAGUGGUUUUGCUCACCAAGGCUGCAAUUAUUUGAUUAUAUUUGAUCACAAAUAUAUUGUUUUUGUGGCGGCACGCAGUCGCCUCAAGCAAGAAGACCGCUGGUUCAAGUCCCGGUUGGGCCAGUUGACAGUUCUGUAUGGAGUUUGCAUGUUCUCCCCGUGUUGGUGUGGGUUUUCUCCGGGUGCUCCGGUUUCCCCCACAGUCCAAAGACAUGCGCUAUAGGUGAAUUGGAUUAACUAUAUUGGCCGUAGUGUAUGAGUGUGUGUGUGCGUGAAUGAGAGAAUAUGGGUGUUUCCCAGUACUGGGUUGCAGCUGAAAGGGCAUCCGCAGUGUAAAACAUGUGCUGGAAUAGUUGGCAGUUCAUUCUGUUGUGGGGCCCCUGAUAAAAAGGGACUAAGCUGAAGAAAAAUGAAUGAAUAUAAUUGAUUUUAUUAUUUACUCAACAACAGAAAUUAGUCCAAGGCACUCGGAAAUUGUGGAAUAUUUAAAAAACCUUUAUUCACAUGGCUAAAUCUUUUUAAAAAAACCUACGCGUUUCGGCAAGGUUCUGCCUUCAUCAGGGUAACAGUGAUCAGGUGCGUCUAGAGUCUCUUUUGAGUACUAUGGUCACAUGACUCAUUCAAACAUCUCAACAACACUCAAAUAAUUUAACAAACAUAGUCAACUAUCAUCAUUAAUUCAGCAUAGGUAGAGGGUCACUUUUAACCAUACACAGACAUACAGAAAAAUAUGCUUAAACAUGGCUUGUACAUACAUACUUCCGAACACACAUUUACACGUGCACAUACACAUAUAUACACACAUACACAUAUAAAAACAUGUACACAUAAGAAAAUACAAACACAUUCUACAAUAUAUGAUGAUAAUCUGAGGACCAUCUAUAGAAAAGCACCGACCAAAUAUUUGAGUGACCCCUGAGCACUUCUUGUUCGUCUUAUCUUUAUUAUUUACUGAUUUGAUUCAAUACUGAAUUUACUCCAGUGUCACACGAUCAAUCAGGAAUAAUCAGUAAAAUAUGAUGAAUUGCUGUUUGGUUAUGAUCAGUUAUUAUUUUAUAUAUAUAUAUAUAU